AUGGCCGUCGUCACUUACGACGACGUGCGCGUCGUCGAGCCCGUCGCCGUCGUCGACGCGCCGGACCUGAAAAUCACGGAGUACAUCGGCAAUGUUGCUAGCGUGACGCCAGAGAUCAGCGCCUGCGUCUGCGAGGUCAAGAAGGCGACGUCCGAGGCGCCGCAGACGCCGGCCUUCGACGAGUACGUGCUCGUGCUCGAGGGAUCCGUGCGGCUCGAGCACGCCAAGGGCACGACGGUCGUGACCGCGGGCCAGGGCGCGGUCCUCAAAGCGGGCACGCGCGUCAAGUGGGUCUGGCCCGGGCCCUGCAAGUACGUGCCCAUCUGCCUGCCCGGCUUCACGCCGACGAACUGCGGCCGCGAGGACGACGGCGGCCUCCACGCGAAGACGUCCGCGGCCAUGGACUACCUGCACGAGCUCCACGCGAAGGCGAAGCACCCCUGGCUCUACCACUGCGCGCAGAAGGCGCUCUGGGACAAGGCGAAGGCGGACGGCGCCGUCUACUACCCGCCGACCUACGGCCAGGACGGCUUCACGCACGCGACGGCGGAUCCCGCGAAGCUGCUCGGCGUGCUCAACUGGUUCUACAAACCGACGCAGGGCGACUGGGUCUGCCUGCGCAUGAGCGCCAAGAGCCUGAGCGCCGCGGGCGUCGAGACGAAGUUCGAGGCCGUCGCGCCCGUCGGCGACAUCCCCGCGCUCCCCGACGCGGCCUCCGGCGGCGAGCUCUUCCCGCACCUCCACGGCGGCAUCCCGCCCGCCGCGGUCCUCGAGGAGUACGCCAUCGUCCGCCGCGGCGACGGCUCCUUCGCGUCCUGCCCCGGCGUCACGGACGUCGCCUCGACGCCCUUCGCCGCGGCGAAGAAGGCCGCCGUCGCCGCCGCCGCCAUCGCCGCGCUCCUGGUCCUCGCGCGCCGCCGCUGA